AGGAGCCGGAGGGCAGGCCAGUGGGCGGGAAGAGGGGCGCGGGCCGCGCUCCCGGGCUGUCCGGGGCACUGGCCCAGCCGCAGGAGCCCGCGCUCAGGCUCCCGGCCAUGGGGCGGUGGCCCCCCGCGCUGCGGCCGCUGCUGCUGCUCCUGCUGCUGCCGCCGCCGCCGCUGACCCGGGCAAUGCGCGGGGAGCCCUGCCCCGAGCCCUGCAGCUGCCCGCCGGACGGCGCCCUGCGCUGCCCCGGCCCGCGGGCCGGCCUCAGCCGACUAUCACUCACCUAUCUCCCUAUCAAAGUAAUCCCAUCUCAAGCUUUCAGAGGACUUAAUGAGGUCAUAAAAAUUGAAAUCUCUCAGAGUGAUUCCCUGGAAAAGAUAGAAGCUAAUGCCUUUGACAGCCUCCUCAAUUUGUCUGAAAUACUGAUCCAGAACACUAAAAAUCUGGUGUACAUUGAGCCCGGAGCAUUUACAAAUCUCCCCCGCUUAAAAUACCUGAGCAUCUGUAACACAGGCAUCCGAAAGCUUCCAGAUGUUACGAAGAUCUUCUCCUCUGAAUUUAAUUUCAUUCUGGAAAUUUGUGAUAACUUACACAUAACCACGGUACCAGGAAAUGCUUUUCAAGGGAUGAAUAACGAAUCCAUAACACUAAAACUAUAUGGAAAUGGAUUUGAAGAAAUACAAAGUCAUGCAUUCAAUGGGACAACGCUGAUUUCCCUGGAGCUAAAGGAAAACGCGCACCUGCAGAAGAUACACAAUGGCGCCUUCCGGGGGGCCGCCGGGCCUAGCAUCUUGGAUAUUUCUUCCACUAAACUGCAGGCCCUGCCCAGCUAUGGGCUGGAGUCCAUUCAGACGCUAAUUGCCACAUCAUCCUAUUCUCUGAAAAGACUGCCCUCAAGAGAAACACUUACCAACCUCCUGGACGCCACGCUGACCUACCCCAGCCACUGCUGUGCUUUUAGAAACAUGCCAACAAAAGAGCAGAAUUUUUCAUUUUCCAUUUUUAAAAACUUUUCCAAACAAUGUGAAAGCACAGCAAGGAGACCAAAUAAUGAAACACUUUAUUCUGCCAUCUUUGCUGAGAGCGAACUGAGUGGCUGGGAUUAUGACUAUGGUUUCUGCUUACCCAAGACACUCCAAUGUGCUCCUGAACCAGAUGCUUUUAAUCCCUGUGAAGAUAUUAUGGGCUAUGACUUCCUUAGAGUACUGAUUUGGCUGAUUAAUAUUUUAGCCAUCACGGGAAAUGUGACUGUCCUCUUUGUUCUCCUGACCAGUCGUUAUAAACUGACAGUGCCCCGCUUUCUCAUGUGCAACCUCUCCUUUGCAGACUUCUGCAUGGGGCUCUACCUGCUACUCAUUGCCUCAGUUGAUGCCCAAACCAAAGGCCAGUAUUAUAACCAUGCCAUAGAUUGGCAGACAGGGAGUGGAUGUAGCGCUGCUGGCUUCUUCACUGUAUUUGCGAGUGAACUUUCUGUCUACACCCUCACAGUCAUCACACUAGAAAGAUGGCACACCAUCACCUAUGCUAUUCAGCUGGACCAAAAGCUGCGAUUAAAACAUGCCAUUCCGAUUAUGCUUGGAGGAUGGCUCUUUUCUACUCUAAUCGCCAUGUUGCCUCUUGUGGGUGUCAGCAAUUACAUGAAGGUCAGCAUUUGCCUCCCCAUGGAUGUGGAAAACACUCUCUCACAGGUCUACAUAUUAACCAUCCUGAUGUUCAAUGUGGUGGCCUUCAUCGUCAUCUGUGCUUGCUACAUUAAAAUUUAUUUUGCAGUUCAAAAUCCGGAGCUGAUGGCUACUAACAAAGAUACAAAGAUUGCUAAGAAAAUGGCAGUCCUCAUCUUCACUGAUUUCACCUGCAUGGCACCAAUCUCUUUCUUUGCCAUCUCAGCUGCCUUCAAAGUGCCCCUUAUUACAGUAACCAACUCUAAGGUUUUACUGGUUCUUUUUUAUCCUGUCAAUUCGUGUGCCAAUCCGUUUCUGUACGCAAUUUUCACAAAGGCAUUCCGAAGGGAUUUCUUUCUGUUGCUGAGCAAAUUUGGCUGCUGUAAAUAUCGAGCUGAACUUUAUAGGAGGAAGGAUUUUUCAGCUUAUACCUCCAACUGCAAAAAUGGCUUCACUGGAUCAAAUAAGCCUUCCCAGUCUACCCUGAAAGUGACCACAUUACAAUGUCAAUAUUCAGCAGUCCUGGACAAGACUUGCUGUAAGGAGUGUUAACUGUUAUAUCAGUAACCACAUUACUGAAUUAUACUUAAAUAUGUAAAAAAAUUAUCUGUACCAGUAAUUUUAACAAAGAGCUGAUUUCAGGAAAUUAUGUUAGGCACAUUAGGCAAAAAAAGACCUCUUCCUAGCUCAAAGUGUGGUCUAUGACCAUUGCCAGUCUAAAAACUAUGCGUCACUGGCACAUAACCAUACAGAAGUUGAGAGUGUUUAGAAACUUUUACAGCAAUUUUGGCAGAGUAAUUUUAUGUCGGUUGAAUCUAUUAUUUUAAAAAUGAGGUAAUAUUUUGCAUGUCUUUAAUUUUUCUCAUUUUGUCAUUGCAAUAAUUUUUAUUGCAUUUUAUAAAAAUGUUAGUCCAUAACAUUUGAAGUUUAAAAUAACUUGUUCUUUUCAUCAGAUAGCUUGAGAAAUACACUGUAGAGAUGCACUGUUCAAUCUGGUACCCACCAGACACAUGUAGUUAAAUUAAAAUGAAAUUAAAAAUGUAGUUUCUCAGUUGCACUAGCCCCAUUUCAAAUGCUCAAUAGCCACACAUGAUCAGUGGUUACCCUAUUAGACAGCACAUACACAGAACAGUUUCAUCAUCACAGAAAGUUCUAUUGGAUAGUGCUGUCCUAAAGACGUUUAUCUAUCCCAUCUAGGUUCUACUAUUUAAAGUAAAGUAAGCAUCUGAAGGCACAUUUCAGCCUGUUGGUUUGGUGUUUAGUCUCUAAAGAGCAAUGAAGCAUUAAACAGUAUACUGUAAACUCCUUGUGGGUAGGAACCCUGUCUCAAUUUUGUUUCCGUCUCCUAGCUCAGGAUCUCGGCAAUAGUAUCCAACAAAUGUGCUGAAUUACACUGAAGUUAUGAAAUCAAUAAGGGAAAAAAAAUUUUUUUUUUCUUUCUAGGGCCCUAUCUUUUAUGGAAGUAAAAGAAAAUAUUUAAAUAUUUUUAAAUGCUUAACUUUCAUCAUUUCUAUCUUUGAGGGUAUAGAAAAAUACAUCCAAUAUUUGCUAGAGGUAUUUUUAUUUAUCAGAAUUGACUCUUAUAGUACAAUGAAAUUAUGGUUUUAAUUGCAGUGUUUUUUGUAAGUUCUUCUGACACUUUAAAGUAACUUACUGAAAGUUUAUUAUAUGCCAAACAUGUUGAUAAGUAUUUUAUAUAA